AUGGUCCAAGUUGCUGCAACGAGAGCAGCAUCUGGCGAGAUGUGUUUCCCAGGACAGCUACCAGGUGAAAAGGUAGAAAAUAUUGACCGUAACAUCGGGUACUUGUCUCCCAUCGGGAAAAUUACGGGUCGAGUAAUUUUGACUAGGUUUCGAUUGAGGUUUGAAGGAAGUGAUGAGAAGUGUCAGUUUGAUGUCCCACUUGGAUGCAUCUCGAAAGUAGAAAAAGUUGGACAUUCGACAGUGAGCCGAGGUGAACAUGCGUAUGGGAUUUUGAUUUCGUGCAAGGAUAUGCGACACCUACGAUUUACCUGCCAGCCUUCUACGCAUAGUAGAAGGCCACUAUUCGAUGCUCUACUUAGAUAUGCUUUUCCAGUUACUAACAAAGAGCCUUUAUAUGCGUUUCUCUAUGCAAAAGCAGUGAGAGAAUCAUCUCCACCUGUAACUGGAUCUAGGUCGAUGAUAGACGGAUGGACAAUUUAUGAUGCUAAAGUGGAACUAAACAGGCUUGGUGUACCGAAUGAACAAUGGAUAAUUUCACAGUUGAAUCACAACUACGAUUUUGCAGAUACAUAUCCACGAGUGCUAUCAAUACCAGCCGCUGUGGAGGCGAAAGGUCGUGAGUUUAUAGAACGUGUUGGUGAGCACAGAAGUCGUCAGCGCAUCCCG